AUGGCAUAUAAAGCCCAAACUGUUCGGAAUAGCUUUACAGCAACUGGAUUAGUACCAUUCAAUCCAGAUCGAGUUUAUCAACAGCUUACUGUUCGAUUGAAGACUCCAACACCCCCUCCAAGUCGAUCAAGUGAUACACAAUCAUCCUGCUUGCAAACCCCUCAAAACCCACGUCAAUUUAAGCGCCAAAUGACUACAACGAAAAAGAGGAUAAGCCGGCAUACAAGAAGUUCAUCUGAAGCUAUUGGUGAAGUGUUUACACGGGCAUCAAAGGCUUAUGAGAUGAGUAUUAAUAAGCUUACAAUUGCCCAGAAGGAACUCCAUGAUCUACGGGCUGCACAUGAGAAGGAGAAGCAAAAACGUCAAAAAUCUAAAAAGCAAAUAUCCCAUGAUCAAGGAAUUACCAGAGAGGAAGCUCAGGCACUUUUACAAGGUCAGAUUGAGGCAUCUCAAGCUGUUACCACUGCUCCGGCCGAGCCUGAGCUCCCAGUCUCUCAUCCACCAAAAUUGAGAUUUGAAUUCAAUAUUGCGUACGCGUUCGGAGAGAAACUGUCGGCUCGCUUACAUUGUCGCUUCGCUUACCGAUUACGUUAG